UUCAACCUGCCCUGCUUAAAUAUUCCCUCCCGUAAACACUGAUCUUAUCAUACACUCAUCUUGUUGAAAAAGCUUACACAAUGAAACCCUUAACCUGCUUUGUCUUGGCCAUUCUACUGAUCAUCAGCACUGCUUCGGUCUCUCUAGCCACCCGACCCGGAUCUGAUGGAUCCUUAUCAAACCAGCUCAGCCACUCCAAGGGCAAAAACGGCAACAAAGAUGGUGGAAAUAAUGGUGGCAUGGGAGGGUAUAACUUUGGUCCCGGAGGCGGGUUCGACAUACCCGGGUUCGGGAAAGGAUGGGGAGGAAACGGGUUCGGAGGAGGGUACGGAGGCGGGUAUGGAGAUCCGAGUGGAGGGCACUCCAAGGGUGGUGUAAUAAGGCCCACGCUUGUGUGCAAAGAAAAGGGUCCAUGUUACAACAAGAUGCUGACGUGUCCAGCCAAGUGCUUCACUUCCUAUAGCGGGUCAGGGAAGGGUUAUGGAGGUGGUGGCGGAGGCGGUGGAUGCACCAUGGAUUGCAAGAAGAAAUGUAUUGCCUAUUGCUAGAUGUAAGCAAUUGUUAUAAGCAUCCUGUACUGGCCUGUAAUAGUUUCUAUAUAUAUAUGUUUAUAAGUACUAGUAGCUAUAAAGUACGUACGAAA